UUGAAACUCAGGUGUCCUCAGACCUCUCAAGCCACGGAAAAGAACGGGCUCGACAUGGCUCUACCCGUGAAGAUGUGCCAGCAAGAUGUAGUGAAGCUGGACCUUCAAGCAAAAGCAGCGAUUCAGGAUAUUCGAGAAUUUGAUGGCCCACUUGAAGCACUAAGUGAUCUCAACCUGAAGGCAAGGGGAAAGAUAAAUGGGUUGCGAGAAAAAAUUGAAGAACUUGAAAAGCUAGCACUGGAACAGGAUAAGGAAUCAGACAAGCAACAUAUAUUGAAUAAUGUAGAAAAACACAGGACACAGUUGGCAAGCACACAGAAUGCAUUACGCAAAGCAUACUUAGCUUCACAGAUAACUUUGGAGAAGAAAGAAAAAGAGCAGCUUAUGCAAGGCGGAGCUGAAAUGAGGCAGAGGAAGCACCUGGGCAGACAGGGCUUAGUCAAGGCUAGCAGCAAUGUGACAGAGAGCCUGAUGAGCCUCAGUAGACUCAUGGCAACCCAAGUACAGCACAGUGAACAGACCAUGGCCACUUUAGAAACUUCUUCAAGAACAAUCACAGACACUCAUGAAGAGUUUAAGAACAUGGGUGGACACAUCACAGCCUCACGAAAACUGCUCACCAAGUACAACAGGAGGGAAAUGACUGACAAACUCCUCAUAUUCCUGGCUCUUGUCUUCUUCUUUGCUACAGUGCUUUACAUUGUGAAAAGGAGAAUAUUUUCUGCUGGAGUGGAUACUCCUAUACACACUGAAGUUCCUUCAGUUAACCAGGCAGCAUGA